AUGUCUUCAGAACAGGAAAAAGCCGAGCUUGACGCCAGGGCAAGAGAGGGUCAGACCGUCAUCCCCGGCGGCACCGGAGGAAAAAGCCUCGACGCUCAGGAACGCCUUGCUGAAGGGAGGAGCAAAGGGGGGCAGACGAGGAGGGAGCAGCUGGGGAGCGAGGGAUACCAGGAGAUGGGUCGCAAGGGGGGACUGAGUACUACCGACAAGCCCGGGGGAGAGCGGGCGGAGGAGGAAGGAAUUGAAAUCGACGAAUCCAAGGAGGAGCAAAGGGGGGCAGACGAGGAGGGAGCAGCUGGGGAGCGAGGGAUACCAGGAGAUGGGUCGCAAGGGGGGACUGAGUACUACCGACAAGCCCGGGGGAGAGCGGGCGGAGGAGGAAGGAAUUGAAAUCGACGAAUCCAAGUUCAAGACUAAAAGCUGAACUUUGUUGUCUCUGCUGCAAUGCUUUGUUCUCUUCAGUACACGUCUGCUAGUUGUAUUAUAGUUUUGGGGGUCUUUUUAUGUUAAUGGUGUAUCCGAGGGUUCUACUGCUGUUUUGUAGGUUAAAGACUCCUAUUGUAGGGUUCUUCAAGGCUUGGGGGUCUUCUGUAUGGUGCGCUUUAGUAGUUGGUGAGGUCCUUUAAUUUAGUUUUGUAGUUGGUUACUAAGAGUUCAAUGUAAGGUAGUUGCGGUUGUAUGGUUAGGCACUCUCUUUUUUAUUCAAGUUAACUGUGUAAUUUGCAUGCAUGUGGUUAUUUU